GCGUGAAACCCGCCCGCCGCGCGUCAUUGGUCGCGGCGCUGGAGCCGUUGGCUCCCAGACCCGCCUCUCCGCCUCCUCUCACUUUUCCCAGGGCGGAUGCGCCUGCGCUUAGCUGCCUGGGCGGGCUGGGAGGCGCGGGUUGAAAAGUCUCGUUCCAAGUUUGGAGAGAGAGAGAAGAGCGCCUCAGACCUCGGUACCCGCGAGCGGGGAGGAGGCAGGAAACAAGGACGCGGCGUCUGGGGAGCACCCAGGCAGCAAGACUGGGCCCGGGCUUUCGACCGCGGGGAGUGUGUGACGCGUUUGGGAAAGGCAGGAGCGCCAGUGGUCGGGCUGCUCUUGGCUAACGAGGGGAGUCCGAGGCGGCGGCGAGGGGCGAACGACCCGACGCAAGAUGGCGAGUAAAGAGAUGUUUGAAGAUACUGUGGAGGAGCGUGUCAUCAAUGAAGAAUAUAAAAUCUGGAAGAAGAAUACACCGUUUCUGUAUGACCUGGUUAUGACCCAUGCUCUUCAGUGGCCCAGUCUUACCGUUCAGUGGCUUCCUGAAGUGACUAAACCGGAAGGAAAAGAUUAUGCCCUUCAUUGGCUAGUGCUGGGGACUCAUACGUCUGAUGAACAGAAUCAUCUGGUGGUUGCUCGAGUACAUAUUCCCAAUGAUGAUGCACAGUUUGAUGCUUCCCAUUGUGACAGUGACAAGGGUGAAUUUGGUGGCUUUGGUUCUGUAACAGGAAAAAUUGAAUGUGAAAUUAAAAUCAAUCAUGAAGGAGAAGUAAACCGUGCUCGUUACAUGCCGCAGAAUCCUCACAUCAUUGCUACAAAAACACCAUCUUCUGAUGUGUUGGUUUUUGACUAUACAAAACACCCUGCUAAACCAGACCCAAGUGGAGAAUGUAAUCCUGAUCUCAGGUUAAGAGGUCACCAGAAGGAAGGCUAUGGUCUCUCCUGGAAUUCGAAUUUGAGUGGACAUCUCCUAAGUGCAUCUGAUGACCAUACUGUCUGUCUAUGGGAUAUAAACGCAGGACCAAAAGAAGGCAAAAUUGUGGAUGCUAAAGCGAUCUUUACUGGCCACUCAGCUGUUGUAGAGGAUGUGGCCUGGCACCUGCUGCACGAGUCAUUGUUUGGAUCUGUUGCUGAUGAUCAGAAACUUAUGAUAUGGGACACCAGGUCCAAUACCACCUCCAAGCCGAGCCACUUGGUGGAUGCGCACACUGCCGAAGUCAACUGCCUCUCAUUCAAUCCCUACAGCGAAUUUAUUCUAGCCACCGGCUCUGCGGAUAAGACCGUAGCUUUAUGGGAUCUGCGUAACUUAAAAUUAAAACUCCAUACCUUCGAAUCUCAUAAAGAUGAAAUUUUCCAGGUCCACUGGUCUCCACAUAAUGAAACUAUUCUGGCUUCAAGUGGUACUGACCGCCGCCUGAAUGUGUGGGAUUUAAGUAAAAUUGGGGAAGAACAAUCAGCAGAAGAUGCAGAAGAUGGGCCUCCAGAACUCCUGUUUAUUCAUGGAGGACACACUGCUAAGAUUUCAGAUUUUAGCUGGAACCCCAAUGAGCCUUGGGUCAUUUGCUCAGUGUCUGAGGAUAACAUCAUGCAGAUAUGGCAAAUGGCUGAAAAUAUUUACAACGAUGAAGAGUCAGAUGUCACGACAUCCGAACUGGAGGGACAAGGAUCUUAAACCCAAAGUAUGAGAGAUGUUUCUGUUGAAUGUAAUGCUACAUGAAUGCUUGAUUUGUCAAGCGCCAAAAAGGCAUUGUAUAGUAGGAAAUGUUAAGUGGGUUGGCUUAUGGCUUCUUUAUCCUCUGAUUCUAGCACUUUCAAGUGAGCUGUUGCGUACUGUAUCAUAUUGUAGCUAUUAGGGAAGAGAAGAAUGUUACUUAAGAAAGAACAUCAUUGAUUUUAAAUACAAGUAGCAGGGUAUUGCCUUUGAUUCAACUGUUUUAAGUCCUCAUUUUCUCAAACUAAGUGCUUGCUGUUCCCAAAUAUGCAAGAAUAACUUUUACACUUUUUCCUUCCAACACUUCUUGAUUGGCUUUGCAGAAAUAAAGUUUUAAAAUAAAA